ACGCCAUGGGCGCAAUGCUCCCCUAUGCGUAUUUUAGAUCGCCUCACUCUUUUCAAAAGCGAAAUCGUACCAAAGCUCCCGCGCUUCUCCUCAGAAGGUUUUAGGGUUCUCUCAUACACCCGAUUCCUCCAUUUCCCCCCUUUUUCAGUGACCUGCUUUCACAUUCAAAUCUCGGCCAUUUGGGAAAGGAGAGGAUUACGGCAUUUCGGAUGGCCGAUCUCGGCACAAAAACCGUCGAUGUUCAGUCUCUCAUUUCCUACAGCGACGAUCUUGUUUCGGUCCUGAAGAACAAGAAGGACAUCAACAGCUUGAUUCACUCUCUGGAUGGGGCGAAGAAGCUACGAUCUUCUUGCAAGGCCGAUCGAUCCGAUCUUCAGAUCCAAAUACAAGACUAUCAGAAAAAGAUAAAUGCAUGUAAGCAAAACAUAGACGAGGCAAAGAAUGAAAUUGGCACCAAUAUAGAACUAGAGCGCCUUCAAAAUGAGUUGGAAGAAGAACUCAAAGAGGAACAGCUGCUUCGCGAGGAACUUAGAAUAGUUAGGGACGAGAUUGAUAAUCUGGAACAUCAAAGGGUCUCCGUUGAAGAACGAAAGGGAAAUCUAAAGAAAGUAGAGAAAGAUGCACUAAGGCAACAGAAGAAGCUUUCCAUGUAUGCUUCUGUGACAAAUAUCAUCCCAGACUUAGGCGAUCAAUCCAGAAUUUCUGGCCAAAUCGUUGAAAGGGAUAGAAAGAUUGUUGAGAAGUUUGAGUUUGAUUCUGCAAAGACGCCCCCCUUGGAGAUAUGCAAUAGCCUCUGGAAAAUGAUGGACCUUUGAUUGCUUGGUUUUUGCUAAUCUGCUAGUAAUUAUGUGUGGAAACAAAUGAACUAUUUGGAAGUUGAGAAAUGAUCUUAUCAGUCUUUUUGUAGAUUGUACAAAUUACAAUAUUGCAAUAUUGGGGCUUUGCAAAUGCAAAAAUGGACCAUACCA